CGGCUAUACGAACCUACUUUUGCAACGCGACCAAGCCAGCGGGCGCCUGAGCUGCUGUUGCAGUCAAAAUGGCUGAUGCCACGCCCCUAGAACCCGGACAGACGGUCGAGCUGUCCGAUGGACGCGUCGGAUACAUACACUUUGUUGGCACCACGCACUUUGCGCCUGGAGAAUGGGUGGGCAUUGAGUUAGAGGAAGCCACGGGAAAGAAUGACGGCGCUGUGCAAGGACAGAGAUAUUUUGAGUGCGAGCCUGGGUAUGGCAUGUUUGUCCGGCCGACAGUUGCACGAGUUAUUGGGAUGGCACCUCCCACGAGAGAAAUGUUACCACUUGCGCAGCCUUCGCCAUCCCCAGCACCAAGACCAGCAGCCUCUUCGUUGAAUUUAAAGGGUAGACCGCAAAGUUUGCAGGUACAAGCCUCAAGGAAGCCAAGCGUGACAGACCUGAUGGCGGGCAAGAGGCAGAGUAUGACGGUGAAGUCUGCCAAGGGAGCAGCGGCGGCAGCACCGCCUGCGUCGCCAACUCGGCCUGCUUCGAAACCUCUUGCUCCUACUCCGAACCCACGUGUCCCGUCUACUGCUCGAACAAAUACCCCUAACACGUCGCGAACGACUAGCCGCGCUUCGACCGCUGCUGCGCCGACGUCCAUGGGCCCCCCGUCCCGGACUACUCGGCCAGGUGCAAACCCUGUCCUCACUGCUCCGCGUACCGUUUCUACAACCGCUGCUCCGUCAUUGAGGACUAGGACAAGUACAAUAGGCCAGCCUGCGCUGCGGCCUGAGGCAGUUCGGCGACUUAGCUCAUUUGAUCGUCGAAGCCAAGCCAGCGAUGGAAGCGCACGAAACUCUCAGGAUGAACAAACCGUUUCAAAAGCAGCGAGUCCACGCGAGGAUCAGGUUCCUGAGGCACCAGCACCAGCAUCAAGAAGAGCUAUCCCGCCAUUGCUUCGAAAUUCAUCCGCCGUAAGCCGCCAGACGAGCUCGUCAAGCAUCAAUUCCGCCGCCCAGGAUAGCGUUGCUUCUCGAAAAGUGUCUGCAGAUCAUACAGCGCUAAAUAAGGAGGUGGAGGAUCUCAAGACGAAAUUGCGUCUGAUGGAGAAGAAACGGAUGGAGGAUAGGGACAAGUUGAAAACCUUGGACCAGGUUCAAUCAGAACGUGAUCAUUUUCAGACCAUUAUUCAAAGACUACAGACCAAGUACCAACCUCAGCAACAAGAAAUUGUGGAAUUGAAGCAGCAGAUCAAGGCACUCGAAUCGCAAGCCGAGGCGGCAGAGACGGAGCAACAAGAGCGUGAACUUGCGCUGGAGAUGGCCACCCUUGAUAGGGAAAUGGCCGAGGAAAAUAUGGAAGUCUACAAAGCCGAAGUCGAAGCCCUGAAACUCAAAGUCGAGGAGCUCGAGGUUGACCUGGAAGUGAUAAAGGAAGAAAAGGCCGAAACGGUCGAGGAUGAUGACGAACCCGGAGACAUGACCCACGAUCGUGUGGCAUUCCUAGAGAACAAGAAUGAGAGGCUUCGAGAGGCUUUAUUCCGACUGCGAGAAAUGACUCAGCAGCAAGAAGCUGAGCUGCAAGCUCAGAUCAAGACGCUUGAGCAAGAUGUCACCGACUAUGAUUUUUACAAACAAGGCUACGAGGAGAUCCAGGGCAAGUUCGCACAGGCCGAUACCAGCAUUGAAGACCUCAAGCAGCAGCUUGAUAAUGCACUGGGUGCCGAGAAGAUUAUUGAAGAGCUGACAGAGACAAACCUUGGCCUGAAUGAGCAAAUCGAGGAUCUCAAGGCCGCCGUGGAUGAUCUUGAAUGUCUCAAGGAACUGAGCGACGAACUCGAGUACAACCACGUGGAAACCGAGAAGCAGCUCAAGGAAGAGCUCGAUCACAAGGAAUAUAUCAUCACUGAACAAAGUUCUCACCUGACGACUCAACUAAAAAUUCUUCAGGAGAAUGAAGAUACGAUUGCGCAAUAUCGUGAACUUGUUGCCAAGUUUGAGCGUGGACUAGAAGACACAUCGCUCAGCUCUGGAGCCGAGGCUCAAUUGACAGAAGAUGUCUUUGAACUGAAGCGCAAACUCGAAAAGUCCGAGUCCAAGUCUCAAAAGACCAUUGUCGAUUUGGAACUCAAGCAGCUCGAUGCCGCUCAAGCCAAGGAGCACCUCGAAAUCAUCACGCGCUUCUUCCCGGAUGCGUUUCAGGUGGAAAAGAAUUCUGUGCUGGCUCUGCUUCGCUUCAAGCGUGUCAGCUUCAAAGCACAUCUUCUCUACAGAUUUGUCAAAGACCGCGUAUCAGGCCGGGGCCCGCCAGGUCUCGAGAUUGAUGUCUUUGCCGGUUGCGACAUGCUUGGGAAACUCAUGUGGGUUGCCUCCAUGAGCGACCGGUUUGUCGAGUACAUUUACGGAUGCACUGUUGAGGAAUUUGCACGUCUCGAGGGGGCAACGUAUGAGAUUGAACCAGUGGAGAAGGCCCUGAGUGGCUGGAUCCAUGGCUUGACGUUUGAUGGAUUUAAAGAGCAGGACUGCGUCGAGCCAUUACAACGGUCGAUUGCGGUACUCUCGCACCUGGCAGAAGUGCACAUUACGGAAACCCCACAGAGAUACGCCGACCGGGUGAUUAUGCAGAUGCAUGUCGUCCGAAGCCAUCUGGAUACUGCGGCCACAGUAUUGGCACACGCAAGACAGCUUGCCACCGGCAAGAUGACGGAAAACAGCGAACUGGCGGACGACUUCUCGAAGCGGUUUGACACGGCAGUCAUGCAAGCACGUAGCGCCUCUGUCGUGGUAAACAAGAAUGUCAAGUCCAUUCAGGAUCUGCGGACACGGCACCUGUCGGUUGACACUGAUAGCACGACAAUGUUUGACCAGUGCGAGAAACUUGGAGGGGAGAUGGCAGCGUAUACUCUACGAGUCGCGGGCGAAUUACGACCGCUCCUAGUUGACAGUAAUAAUAAUAACAGCGUAAGCUACGCUGAGAUCGAGUCAGCAGUUGCGAAGAUUACGCAGCAAGUCUUUGACGCAACCGAGUCGGACAUGCUGGCCGAGUUCAACAACAAACUCCGCAACGUGGGUACAAUGCUCGCGAGCAUUGGCGAUUUGGCAUGGGAUCUCAAAAAGACGGUUGAAUUUGAAAAGCCCACUGCGCCAUGGAUUCUGCGCGCGCAACAGAUCCAAGCCGAGACGCAAGCCGCCAAAGAAGCUUCUCGCGCAGCCGAAGCAGAAAUGGUUACACUGCGAGCUGAAGUGCAAGAACGCGCCAAAGAGCUCAUGCUCCGCGACCAGCAGAUUGACUUGUGCUCAGUCAAAAUUGAGCACCUUGAAAGCCGCAUGCACGAUGCAGAGACAAAGGAAGUCCGCAUCUCCGAGCUUGAAAUUACCAUUGGCGAAGCAUCUGCGCGGGAGAAGGAACUCGCCGACGCGAUUGAAGCCCAAAGCCGCGAAAUGCAGACUCUUGAAGCCGACCGCGACAAGUGGAAGAAGCUUGUUGGCGAAAACCCAGUCACAUCAGGUGGUGGCAGUGGUAGUGGCCAACAGGGCAAAUCUCCAGGGGUUUUGGGAGUCACAUCGAGUGCUGCCGGACAAGCCAUAUACACAGACCACGAGUACCGCGAUCUCAAGAACGGGUUCGAAACGCUGCAAAGAGUCGUGCUGUAUCUCAAACAGGACAACAAGCGCCUCCGCAUGAACCUGAGCGCCCGCACAACCACGUGGCUGGAUGCACCACUCUGCGGGGAAAAGUCUGCCGUCUCACGAAAUGGUCAUCUCCGGUCUACAUUGCUGCCUGGCACGGCCACUAACAUUCAAGCUCGUGGCGGCGGUCUUAGUAGUAGCGAAAAAGGAGUUGCCGCUAAACCAGCCUCGACCGCAAACCCAACAACAGCAACGAACAAGUCCCUGCUCAUAUCCGAAAGCAAAGACGUCGUCGACGCGCUGCUAAGUUUAGCGUCCACCGCAACGGUCCCCGACCUGCGCGCCGUGCCCAAGGAGAAACCCGUCUGGCGGCCGGCCAAGAAGAGCGUCCAGUUCCAGGCGCUGAAGCAGGUCUGCGACUACGAAGCCUGGCUCGAAUGGAAGAAUGAUCUCGUCAGUCGCGCAUGGCUGGCCAGUCGGACGAGUGUCAAGCUUGAUGGUCUAUCGGCCUUGAUGUCUGCCGGCCUGAUGUCUGAUGAUGCCGGCGACGGCGACGAUCCGACCGGUAGCGGUGGCAGAGAGUAUAACAAGACUGAGAACGAUGACAAUGCAGAAGAGGAGACGUGGUUCAAGCCAGGCCUGUUCAGGACAAAUGACAAAUUCGUACCCCUCGCGCUCCGACAUCUAGGUACGCCGAAAAAGGGCUUCGGCGGUGUCGGUGAUGGUAUCUACUCGCCUAUUGAGCAUCACCAUCAUCAUGCGCGUUCAUCGUCGUCGACUUCGCCUGUUCGUGUUACGUCGCCGGUGCGUGGCCCGCCUGGUACUAGUGAUGUCAGCGCUACCGGUACUCACGCCCCGUCGAGCCACGACGACAGGAAGCACGAUAUGCAUAUCAUCACAGACAGUCCGUCUAAUACCGGCCCGACAAGCCCAUUAAGUCCAUCGAUCCGUCCGCAUUCAAGAACCUUUGCGUCCUUUUCGUCAAGUCUUGGCGUAUCGUCGCCUGUACAGACGGAAGAGGGUAACAAGGGUCUGGAGACGGGUGGUGGUGGUGAGGACGGACGUGGAGAGCAAGUCAAGAUUAGACGGGACGGUGAAGAUGAGGGUGAGGGGUAUGGAGAUGUGCAGGUUGAUUAGGUUAUUGUUUUCUUUUCUUAUUAUAUUUUUUGUUUUUAUUUUUUUCUUUUCGUUUUUUAUUGUUUCGUAGGGAUUUUGUGUUGCCUUUUCUUUUCUUUCUUUUCUUUUCGAUGUUUUGUCUCGAAUGUUUUGGCGUUGUCUGUACAGUUUCAUUUCUCUUUUCUUUCUUUCUCUUUUCUUUUGAUUAUUUUUUGUUAUUAUUCUAUUGUUUUGUGGAGCUUGGCUUUACAGUCAAAACAUGCGAUUUCCUUUUCUUUUCCUUUCCUUUCUUUUUGGGAGUCUUUCUUUUUUUUUU